AUGGAAUAGAUUCUUAAAGAUCCUUUUUAACGAAUUAGUAAUAGGUUAAGUUAAGAACCAUCUGCUGAAAAAGAUAAAGUAGAUUAAGACCAUACAUUUUAGAAUAAAAGCCAAGAAUAAUUUAAUAUGUAUCAAGAUAAUAAUAUUAAACCAUCUUUAAAUGUAAAUAAUAAAUAAAUUAAUCGCGAUGAAAAUUAUUUCAGUGGAGUUAGUGAUGAAUCUGGAAAUGCCAAAAUAAAAUAAGCAGAUCAAAGAGACAGAGAAGAUUUAUUUUAGGAAGGAGAUUAGCAAAGCUAUAUUUUUGGAGAGAAUUUAGAUAGAUUGUUUUAAAGUAAUAGAAAUGCAUCUAGUUUUGUGAGCGAUAGCGAUUACUUCAAGUAAGACAGCUGUGAUUUUGAUUGUAUACUUGAAAAGAAUAAAACAAAUAAAUCUAAUUUAAAAUAAAUCGAGAAUUCAAAUAUUUAUGCUUCAUGGAUUUGGACUUAGUUUUUUGAAUUCUUUUUUUAUCAUUUAAUAUAUUUCAUUUUUGGGCCUUUUUGUAUUAUAUUUUUUUAUCCUUUCAAUGGUUUGUUCAUCUACAAGAAUUUGAGAUUUGGAAUUUUAGGAAAAUUUUCUUACUACUAACUGUUUUUAUGGUUUUUGAAUCUUUGCUUUACAAUAUCAUAUUUUGCUAGUAAGAAAGAUAGAGCUACCUUUGAGUUUUUUUUGUUAUAUAAUAAUUGGAUUUUGUUGGUUUUUAGAAUCUUUUCUAUUUCAUGCAGAUACGCUAUGCUCCACCCUUAUUAAAUAGAGUUGUAUAGAACUACUUAUAUAAAUAAGGAAGAAGAAAAUAAGGAUUUCUAUUUGAGUAAUUGGAAACUAUAAGAUGACGAAUGUGUGAUGGAAGAGCUUUAUUUUGCCUCAAAGAGAGACGAAGUUGAUGUAAGUAUGUUCUAUUGUAGCUUUUUCUAAGAUAUCAAUUCAAAUGAAAUUAGAGAAUCUUUGGAUAAAAUAAAAAAAUUACAUAAUGAAUUCUACAAACAGUUGAGGAAUAAAAUUAAAGUAACAUAAAAAGCUGAUGAGAAAUCUGAACAACAAGAAAUAAAAGAAGUUUAAGAGCAAAAUCUUUAAUAAAAAAAUUAUGAAAAUCCUAUUGCUUGUCGUAAUAGUUAUAAUGGAAUUGUUAUUUUGCAUUAUCUUAUCAACCAGUUCAGUAAACUCUACCCUAUUUACACUAAAUUUUACAUUCCUCUCUUCUUUGCAUUUUUAAGAUCAAUAAUUUGGAUAGUCUAUUUUUCGAUAUACAACUAAAGUAGAAUUACAUCUCUAGAAUGGUAUGAGUGUAUUUUAGGUUCUUAGCUCAGCUUAUUCAACUUUUUAAUAUACUUUUUAGUGGUCAAAUUCCUUUUAUCUUAAAUAGCGGAUAUUCACAGAAUAUAUUACCUUAACAUUCAAAUGCUAUUUCUAAUUAAACCAAAAAAAGAUGAAAAGUUCAUUUGCUACAAAAAAGUUCUGCCUACCUUAAAUGUAAUUUGUUAUGAUACCUACAAAAACUGGAUUUAGCUCAGGAGGCUUACAAUAGAAUAUGGAAAAAGAUUUUGGCUUAGAGGAUAAGCGAACGCCAGUUUUAUGUUGUUGUAUUCCCUUUAUCCUAUAAUAUUCAUUUUUUUACAUUUGCUUGACAUCUUUAGAUUUUGCAAUCUAAAUUUAUGGUAUCUAGUCUUCGAUUUUGUAGUUAUCUUUUCUUUCAUCAGCAUAAGUCUUUAUUAUACUGCUUCUAUAAACUACUAAUUUAUAUACCAUACAUAAAUAUUAGAGGAAAUAAGAAUCAUUUUUAGAAAUUUAGUUAGAGAAGACUUCAUUUUCUAAAACGAUGAAUUCUGCAGCUAUCUAUACAGGGCUUUAUUAAGAAAACUUAGAAUUAAAUUUGAUAAUAACAAACAAUUUAUCAUCAAAAGAAUAAAGGCAGUCAUCUAAUAAAUUGAUAAUGUUAAAAACGAGCUCGUACUUUUGUAAAAUUCUUAGCCUUUUGAGUUUUUUGGAAUUACCAUCACCUUCACAAUGCUAAAAAAUUCAAUUCUUUUUAUGAUAUCACUACUAACCUUCGCAGUUAAUGUUUAUAUAAAGACUCAUAAAAGCUGA